CACACCGUCAAUCGAUCCUCUGCACUGAUCCUCUUCUGCGCCUCCAAAGACAUCUGCAGCAGCAUCACUCCUUCUAAACCCUUGAAAUUCACAUCUAUUCCGCCUCUAUCUUCAGUUUCUUUCGACCGACGGAAGUUGGACAGCUGGACAGGUGGGGCAGCCAAACGAAGGCCUUGAUCGAUCUCUAAGAUAUCUUUCAUCGCUGCUGCGAUGGAAUCGGCGCCAUUUCCCGAAGUCAAACAGGACAUAUCGGAUGAAUUGGAUUUGAAAGUCAAAAAGUACCUGCGGGGAGAUGGUACUGAUUUGGAGGUUUUACAAGAUAAAAAGCUGAAAGGCCAACUUGCUGUUAGAGAAGAAUUAUAUGGAAAAUCUGCAAAAGCUGCUGCUAAGGCUGAAAAGUGGCUUAUGCCCAGCGAGGAAGGCUAUUUGGAGGCUGAAGGUUUAGAGAAAACAUGGAGGAUCAAGCAAGAAUCCAUUGUUCGUGAAGUGGAUAUCCUAAGCUCAAGGAAGGCAUAUGAUAUAGUCCUACCAGAUUUAGGUCCCUACAUACUGGACUAUACCUCGAAUGGUCGGUAUAUGGCAAUUGCAGGGCGCAAGGGUCACCUGGCAAUCAUCGAUACGAAAAAUAUGGGCCUAAUCAAAGAGUUCCAGGUCCGGGAAACAGUGCAUGAUGUUGUAUUCUUUCACAAUGAGGAAUUUUUUGCUGCAGCCCAGAAAAAGUAUAUCUAUGUUUAUAACAAGCAUGGUACAGAACUUCACUGUCUAAACAAGGAACACUGCAGGGGAUCUCUGAAGCUUCAGUUCUUGAAAAAACACUUCCUCUUGGCAUCGAUUAACAAAUAUGGGCAGCUCCAUUAUUAUGACAUAACUACAGGAGAGACAGCUGGUAACCUUCGGACUGGCCUCGGCCGCUGUGAUAUAAUGCAGGCAAAUCCCUUCAAUGCGAUCAUAGGUUUAGGGCACCACUCUGGUAAAGUCACCAUGUGGAAGCCAACCAGUACCACUCCUCUUGUCAAGAUGUUGUGCCACCAUGGUCCUGUCUCUGCAAUGGCUUUCCACCAUGGGGGCCAUCUCAUGGCCACUGCAGGCAUGGACCGGAAGAUCAAGCUGUGGGAUCUGAGAAAAUUCCAGGUCUUGCACACGUAUACAGGCCAUGCCAAGACCUUGAAAUUUAGCCAGAAGGGUUUGCUGGCAAUGGGAGAUGGAUCAAGAGUACAGGUCUGGAGAGAUUCCUCAGGAGAUCAGGACUACAGCCGCUAUAUGAGCCAUUCCAUGGUGAAAGGUUAUCAGGUAGGAACAGUCUCAUUCCAACCAUACGAGGAUGUAUUGGGCCUGGGCCAUUCUAUGGGUAUAUCUUCCAUUCUCAUCCCAGGAUCUGGUGAGCCUAAUUUCGAUACGUGGGUGGCAAAUCCGUAUGAAACUUCUCGCCAGCGGAGGGAAAAGGAGGUGCAUGAUCUCCUCAACAAGCUCCCGCCAGAGGCGAUCAUGCUGGACCCCUCGAAAAUAGGUUUGGUUAAGCCAGCCAAGAGAAAAGAAAGGCCGAGUAAGCAGGAGAGGGAGGCCGAAAUGGAAGCGGCAGUUGUGGCUGCCAAAAGCGUUCCCUUGAAGAAGAAAACAAAGGGGAGAAACAAGCCAAGCAAAAUGGAGAGGAAGAAACACGGGGUAGUUGAAAGGGCCAAGAGGCCUUUCUUGGAGCAACAAAUGAGGGAGGACCAAGGGUCUAACAAGAAGCAGAAAACCAAUGAGGAAGUUGAGGUUCCCAAGUCUCUACAACGCUUCAUUCGCAAGAAGGUAGAGUGAUUGGGUUGAACCAAAUCGGCGAUGCUGAUGAUUUGGGUCAAACCGAAAUGGAGUCCUUAAAGAUUUUGUUCUCCAUCGGUUCAAAGAGUUAUUUAAUACUAUGGCAGUGUGAUGGUUCACAGAUGAACUCAGAUACUAUAUGUGGCAUGCAGGUAACUUGAAUUAAACCGUCCAAAUCAUUGGACCAAUGUAGAUAGUCAUAACCAUGAAAUUAGAUUAAUUGGAUGAUCCUAACACCUGAUUAAUGGAAUUCGCUUGUUACCCUAGGACUGUUGGCUAUUUUUCAUUUUAAUGUCCAUUACAUGUCCACCAAUCAUUCAGUUAGGUCAUCCAUCAGCUUGGCAUAACUGUUGUUUAUGACCUAUCUAAAUUGGGGUCCACUGUUUGUGGUUUAUUUUGAGUGAGAUUUAUGCCUUUUGUACUUCUUGAAAAUACAUUCAUGCCAUGUGUGCAAUUUCUGAGUGCCCGAGUAUCAAACCAUCACUCUGCCAAGAGUAUCAGAGUUUUUCUCAAAAUUUUCCCUGUAAUUUUAUUAAGCAUAUCCUGCUGGGUUUUUGUGAGAUGCAUAUGCAUAAUGCUCUCUAUUUUCAUGUGAGGCCGGGUUUGGGAACAGAUUUUAAACUGAUUGGAGAGGUCCAAUAAAAAAUUUGAUUUUCUGGGUUUCUUA